CUUCUAUCGUAGAUUAUAAAACGAAACAAUGACGUAGAUAAAAUGGCGGCCUCGGUCGAAGUGGAUCGUAAACACAUCAACUGUACCAAUUGUUGAUAUUCUUGGCGGAGAUAUACGAAGGCGAGCGUCCGAAAGAGGAAAACAAAUAAAUAGUCUGGAGUAUGGCGACAAACGGAGAUGAGGCAAGUGGAGCAGAUGAGGGCUCGGAGUCUGAGGUGGCUGAGCUUCGUCAGAAAGUAGAGUCUCUACAGCAAGAACUGAAAAACUGCAAAAAAGAACUAACCAAAUUGCAGAAACAACUGAUUAAGUCGGAGCGCCUUCAGAAGAGCACAGAAAGCUAUAAUGAAGAUCUGAGGAAACAGGUCGACAAACUGAAUACAGAUAUUCAUGAACGGAAAAAGAAGGUAAAAGAGCGAGUUGAAGCUGAGACCCAGACAGAGCAAUAUACCUGGUCAGAAACAGAUUAUUACAACUACUACUAUGGAAGUGGCAUCUACCAGAAUGAUGGUCUGGCUACAGACACCCAGGGGACUGUCAUGGUUGAGGGGCAGGAACUCACCGAUGCUUCAGCGAUGACCGCUGUAGAAGCAACUACUGACACGGCUACAGACACAAUUACAGACACAGCCACUGCAAUGGUUACAGAGGGGUCUGUAGAGGGUGGCGUUAAAGCUGCAAACACACAGCAGGAGGUUGAUGCAGGCUCCAUAGCUGACAUGCUGAGGGCCACUGCUCAACAGGCCAUGACUCAGACUGGCUUUGUGUUUGAUGAGACCACAGGGAUGUACUACGACCACAGCACCGGCUUCUACUACGACUCGGCUAGUCAGUUGUACUAUGACAACAACACAGGGAUGUACUACUACUAUGAUGCAGAGAGUGGCAAAUAUCAGUUCCACUCCAGGAUAGAGAUUUCUGCUGAACAACCUGCCUCAGAGGCCAAACAGGAGAAAAAGAGCCAGGACAAGAAAAGCAGGAAGUGGAAGAAAGGCCCAGAGAAAGCCUCUCAUCAGGACGAUAAGGGCCUUGUAAAGGUGAAAGAUGAGGAGCUGGAGCUUGAGGAAUGGGUGGAGCGGAGAAUCCCCAAGAGAGGCGAGGCCUCACGCCGGCCAAGGGACCGGUCUCUGAGUCCAGAUGCUCCUUCCAGAAGAAAACGGGCGAAAAGUGCUGAACACUCCCCGAAGAAGAAAAGGAAGAAGGACCGGUCGCACUCUGAUGUGAGCAGCUUGAAGAGGAAUAAGAAGACUAAAUCAGAAAAACCCAGCAGGAAGAAGAAGAAGAAGAAGAGAAAGAAGGCUAAAUCUGCUCCUGUGUCACGGAGUGAUGACUCAAGUGGGAACAGCGAGCCCGAGGAGGGGGAGAUCACCGAGUCGGAGGGAGAAUGGAGGUCCACCUCUUCCUCUUCCUCUUCGUCCCCCCUCCUCACCAAAGACAGCUCAGAGUCAGAGAUGGAGAGUCAGGAAGUAGUUGAGGAGGUCUGGCCCCCCUGUGUGAGGGUGACCGUGGUCAGAUCUCCAGUGUUACAGACUGGAACACUCUUCAUCAUCACUGCUGACUCUCCAGCCACCAUCGGCAGGGAGAAGGAAAUGAACCAUGCCAUCAGAAUAUCUGAAAUGGGAAUCAGUAAGUUUCAUGCAGAGGUGUACUUCGACCAGGACCAGCAGUGCUACAUGCUAGUGGAUCAGGGAAGCCAGAACGGGACAGUCCUCAAUGGCAACCGGAUCCUGCAGCCCAAAGCUAAGUGUGAGCCUUGCCCUCUGACCCAUGGGGAUGAAGUGAAGAUGGGAGAGACAGUUCUGUCUUUCCACAUCCACUCUGGAACAGACACCUGUGAUGGCUGUGAACCUGGACAGGUCAUGGCUCACCUCAGCAAGCACCAGAGAAAUCAGCUGCUGCAGACAGGUCCUGCUAUAACCAAGGAGGACAAAGAGUUGCUCCGACAGAAAGAACUAAAGCAGAUGAAGGUCAAAUAUGGCCUGAAGAGUGCUGAAUAUGAGGAGGCUAAAGCCCUGAAGAACCCCCGGUAUGUGGACCGAGCAGAGUCUCGCCGUCAGACGGUGGGCAGCGAGGGAGCCUUCCAACGCGAUGACGCGCCCGCCUCUGUGAAUGUUGAGAUCGGUGAGGUCAAUAAGGGAAGGAAGAUGCUGGAGAAAAUGGGCUGGAAGAGAGGAGAAGGCCUGGGCAAAGAUGGAGCCGGAAUUAAAGAUCCGAUCCAGCUAAAGAUCCGGAAGUCCCAGUCAGGUCUGGGGGCGGGAGCUGCUGUGUCAGUAGAUGAGGCUGGGUCUCUCAGCAGGACAAGGACUCAGAGGAACUUUGAGAAGGCCAGGGAGAGAUACAAUGACACCUGUCAGCAAGAUACACCCACAGUCAAGAAGGAGCUGGGCCGGGCACCCAAACCCUGGGUUAAAGGAGAAGUGACUCAGUGAUAUCCUGCACCAGUGUUUCUGAACUGUUGUAUUCUGUAUGUCAGAAAUGCUGGUUGCUUUAUCCACCAUGGGGGGUUUAAUUGACUGGAUUCAAAACCAAAUGGUGGAGUAGUUCCAUUGUUUGAUCCACAGCAUAUAACGAAGGACUGGACUGAUAAUGUUACUGGUACUCAGUUAGAUUUAUUCCAAUCUGCCCUGAAUUGAUUUAGCGCCAUCGGUCUAGUUCUUUUAGGACUUGUGUAGUGUGAACACUAGAAGAUGUGGGUUGGUCAAGUGCCCAGGGCAAAAACCUAAUUGUCCCGUACAUUUUAGCCUUCAUUUUAUUUUUUUAAGAUUCUAAAGAACCUCAUUGUCUUUUCUUGCAAAUGUGUGACAUUCCUUUCUUUGAAAAACAACUAAUGUAAAGCAACAACUGCUUGUUGGCUGCAUAUGAUAUCCAUGAAACUGUACAAUCAUGCUAAAUAAAUGUUGGUUUGAUUUUA